AUCAACCAUAACUUACUCCACAGUUUCGUCUUCAGACAACACAUCGCCCAAUAUGCAGCCCAUCACUCUUGCAAACCUCAUCCUCCUCGUUUCGGCCCCCCUCGCCCUGGCGAACCCGGUCGGUGAGGCAGCCUCCGCCAUCUUCGAUAGGCAAAUCAACUGCUUCAAGGCCAACUGCGGUGGCGCUGGCGAAUGCGCCGGCAGCUGGUGCUGCGUUCCAUGGGAGGCAGCUGAUGGCCCGGCUUGCAAGUGUGCUCCUCCUGGCGACACCAAGUUCUGUUAAAGUCGCGAACGUAUUUCAAUCAUUCUCGUCAACAUGAGUUUGAUGCAUGGAACCCCUAUCGAGGUUUGCGGAGCGAAGCAUUCGCUAAGGCAGUUGCACGUUGUGUUGAAUUGAGAUCAGGGUAGCUAGAGGCUUAUAUACGAAUUGGACAUCUUCAUUCGACCAGAAGACACUUCAUACUAG